UCCAUCGCCCCCUGGAGUUUUCAUUUUCCUUUUCCCCAUGCAGAGUUGCUUGUGAGUACCAGGUGCCCAGGCUGCAGCUGCACGCAUCUUCCCAGCCUCCUUGGCCAGUGCCUCCAGGACCUUCCUCUUCAGGGCCAAGCUCAGAAACUGCGGGUCUCAGAGCCAGAAUCCAUGGAGCUGGGCCACCGACCAGGUACGACCACUUUGACAAGGACCCACCCAAACAACAAGGAGGGCCGGCAGGACAUGGACUCCUCAAGAGCGGCCCAUGGCAACUUGGACAGCUCCAAACUCAAGCACCAUCCAGGGCUCUCCCAGAGCCCUCGAGGCAGCCCCCUGAGCCAGGGCCACUUGGAGAUGCCACCUCCGCCCCCAACUCCUGCCAGCAGGACUUCUCUGGCCACGGGCUCACAGCCUGAGGACCUGAAGAAGGGCUCAUCUAGAUCCAGCUUGAGAGAAGCCAGGGAGAGCUCAGAGCAGAGGACAGUGCCUCUGAGCCAGAAGGACAGUGUCAUUCCUGAAAACAUCCGCCACAAGUUUGGGAGCAAGGUGGUGGACCGUCUGAUCUCCGAGGAACAGGCUCGAAGGGCCAUUGGUGAAAUCUUUGAGGGCCAGAAGAGGUCAAGCUCGUGGCCCAGCAGGACCCAGAGCCCUGUACAAGUCUCCUCCAUCUUCGCAGACUACUAUGACCUGGGCUACCACAUGCGGUCCAACUUGUUCCAAGGCCCACCCCAGGAGACAAAGAGCCUCAUGAAGGCUUCCUACACGCCAGAGGUGAUUGAGAAAUCAGUGAGGGAUGUAGAACACUGGCAUGGCAGGAAGACGGAUGAGCUGGGACGGUGGCACCGGAAAAAUGCUAUGAAUAUGAACUUGCAGAAAGCGCUGGAAGAGAAAUAUGGGGAAAGGAGCAAAUCCAAGAGCAAGUAGUUGGAGGGACAUUGGAAGGAAGCUCAAGGAGAGUGCUGCCAAUAAAGAAAGGCCCGGGUCUGAGCCCUGCCUCCGUGUGCCGCUUCGCUCUGUGCCGGGAUGGGAACCCAUGUGUGGGGCUGAAGGAACAACUGGGGAAGACAGAUGCUCUGAGCAGCUAGGAUUCCUGGACCCCCUUUCCAUGCCUUCCUCUAUGACCUCAGGAAGAGUUGGGGGAGUUGAGCCAGUGUGCCCUGGGUCACAGGUCCUCUACUGGACACUGUCGGGUUGUCCCCUUCAUGUGACCCCUAGCUGAUUUCACCUGUUUCUAGAUGUCUGUUCCUCUCACACGAACCCACAGACUUCAGAGGAAUUGGCCACGUCAUCCACCUCAUCUAACCCAGGAGUAGAUCUUAUGAUUCUCCCAUAUGCACAAAGUGAUUGGUUCAGAAAUGGGCACGUGGCUCAGUUUAGGCCAGUGACAUGGGUGACAAAGUACAGGUGUGAGAUGUUGCCUAGUAAACACUUUUCUGAGCUGGA